GCCUGUUUUUAAGCUGUCGUUCAGGUCCAGAUAUUAAGGAUGAAUUUUCUCUGCCUUUCCACACUUGCUAUUUUAUGCAGGUUUGCUUCAAGUGCAGAGUGGUGUUAUCAGACCCAAGUUACUUGCUCCAAUCACUCAUGUAUAGGACCAGAUGACUGGGCAACAGUAGCCAGAGAGUGUGGAAACAAUAAACAGUCGCCAAUUAACAUUAUUACAAAUAAAGCUUCUGCAGACAGUCGACUGACCCCAGUACAGUUUACAAACUAUCAAGAGAAACUCAAUGCUGUGAUUGUAAACAAUGGACAUACAGUGCAAAUUAACCUGCCGGACAGAGCAAAAAUUAAUGGAGCCAAUUUAGGAUCCACUUACAAAGCUCAGCAGCUUCACCUGCACUGGGGAAAGAAUGGAGGACCUGGAUCAGAACAUACUAUUGAUGGAGAGAAAUACCCUAUGGAGCUUCACGUUGUACAUAUAAAAGAAGAAUACAACUCUGUAGAGCAGGCUCUGGGUGACUCUUCUGGAGUGGCUGUUCUGGGGUUUUUCUAUGAGGAAUCAGAAAAUGUUAAUAAAAAUUAUGACGCCAUCAUAAAUUCUCUGACAAACAUUACACACCCUGGCAGCAAUGCAACACUUGGAGCCAUAUCAUUAGACAUGCUCAUUCCUAAUGAAGACUUGAAGAAGUACUUUCGCUACGAGGGCUCGCUCACCACACCGGGAUGUGCUGAAGCAGUGGUCUGGACCAUUUUUGAGAAAACUAUACCACUCAGCAAGGAACAGCUUUCUGCAUUUUCGAACUUGACGUUUUCAGAUGGGACGGCCAUGGUAAACACAUUCCGACCUGUUCAGCUGCGUUACGAUCGUACUGUUUAUUAUUCAAGGAGUUACAGCUUUCAUGUUAGCACUAUCUUAUUGGUCAGCACUGUUUUCACAUCCCUCUGUGUUCUCACGGUCUGAUUUAUGGUUAUCUGUUUAGAAAGUUAUUUAUCGCUCAUCAAUAAUUCAAGACAAAUCAGAGUUUAUUUAUUGCAUGUCGUUCAGCCAUGUGUGCCUUCAACAGCCCUAAGCACUGGAAAAAAAAACUAUUAGGACUUACUUUAAGACACUUUUCACUAUUAAUUACAAUGAUAUAGAAAGUAAUAACAAAAUAAACUUGGGAUUUUAAGGCAGAGAACAUUUCUUGUAUAGAGUGUGUUUACAAAUUUCAUUUUUUAGUUUACUGUUGUAUUGUAAGUCACAUAAACUGUUGUAACAUCUGUAAAUAAUUAAUUAUAAUUCCAAUUAUUUUCAGUCAUAAUUUUGACAUCUAUAAAACUUACAGAAAUGUUGGAAUGAAUGAUUACAUGUAACUGCGUCCCUCACUGUUUCUGCACAAUUUGUCCCAGUUAUGUACCCCCAUGUACAUUUCUGGAGAGCAUGAAUAAUGUAGCCAGAGCUACAUAUGGCUGCAUUUUGCCUUUUAAACUAAUGCUACGAGGCGGCAGUGUUCGAACUAUACGGUGGCCUUUUUUUUUAAUUUGGGAGGAGGGUGUAGGCUAUAAAACAGACAGGAUCCCAGUCCUUAAACAGCAAUGUAUAAACAAAAAAUCAAUAAAUAUAAAACAAAUAUUUCUAUAUUUGUAACUAAUAUUACAAAGUAGGCUAAAUGAACAAAACACCACGAUAGUUUCAGUUUGCUUUCUCGCUAAAAAGCGUUUAUUUUCUCACCAAUAACUUUCUUUGACCCUUGAAAAUAUCUUUUGAAACAUUUAUUUUAACAUGCACAAACAACAGCAGCCUAAACAACAGAACAUCGAUGUCUAAUUUGACCUGCAGUGCUUCUGUGAGAGGACUACAUUCAUUUAGAUAAAAUAAACAAACACAAAUAUGGUUCACUUAGGCCCAAUCCCAUUUCUACCCCUUAGCCCUUCUCCUGUCCCAAUUCUCUAGCUUGAAGGCAUUGGCUAAGGGGAAGGGGUACCCUUCGAAAAGAGAUUUUUGAGGACCCCACUCGAAACCAAGGGGUAAGAACAUUUCCCAGAAUACACCAGCCACAACGGCAGCAUAGCUGAACCCGGAAGAAGAUCAACAAAUUACUAAUUUUGGUCAUUAUAAAGAAUUUUUACAACAAAUAAGCACAUGUUUUAAUAUAUUCAUAACCGCGUUCGUGUUUUACCGUCAUGCUUAAAAAAAAAAACGCUGAAAUAUAAACCACUAAAUUUCACUGUCUAUAAUCUCUAAUAAUAACUCCUGUACUGCAGUACCACAAUAUUCUGACACUCGAUGACACUGGUCAGUAAUGUUUAGUAGUUGGGAAUGAGCUUUUUACAGUGUGUCUGCUAUAAUGUUAAUGCUGUUUUUGGUGUGUUUACAUAGAUGAAUAUUGUCACAAAUUUUGAAGCCCUUCCCCUUAACAUUUGGUUUUAAGGGCCAUGGGUAAGGGGUAGGGGUACAAAAAUAGAAUUGGGAUUGGGCAUUACUCAUCAAAAUAAAUAACCUCAUCAUGUAGCCACUAAUUUUUCUAUUCGCUCUAUAAGUUCAAGAUGAUGGCACUAAGGACAGCAUAUGCUUAGGCUGUCAUAUCAUAGGCCUGUAGAAUGACAUGGGAUCUCUCUUUUCACUCCAAUAAAUCAUAAUCACGAAUUCAAAAAUGAAGGAAACACCACUGAAGAGGGUUCCGUCUUGUCAAGUUACUCUGCUUUCAGCUUAAUUGUCCAACAUGUUAACUGCAAUUUUUGCUGUGUUUAAAAAAAGAACAUUGUAUUGGCCUACUGUAUGAAGCAACGCAGCACAACAUCAUAUCAUUUGUUUCAGAAAAUGAAUAAGCAGUGUCUCAACGUCCAUAUGAAAGCAUCUGGCUGUCAGUCUUUGACAUGACUGGACUUUGCUCCUCAGCGCCCCCAGACCUUGUGCUCAUGACAAUAAUAGCAUCUGUAGUUACCUUUUUUAAAUGUGGUGUAAAUUGCCGUCAUGCAUGAAUAUUUUUGCACUUUUACACAUAAUAAUCCAUGAUCACAUUACACAAUACUGAAAUCGCAUGUCAAAAUAACACAUUGUCAGUAUUUUUGACAAUAAAAUGCACCACAUAUGUUAACAAACUUGAGAUUCAGAGAGGAAUUGACUGUGACAACAAGGUUUGAGUUGGGAAAAGAACGGUUCCAGAAAGCAGUUUAAAUGAGAUUGCAAGGGCUUUAUUUUCUGGACUGCAUUUAAAACUGUCUGUUGGGUUUAGAAAAGGUAGUGAGUGGGUCAAUCGUUGCUUGUGAAAACACUAUGGGUCAGGUUUAUGGACGGGGGUGGUUGAAGGGGGAUCGGUCAGUCAGUCAGGCAGACGACAGCGGCCUCUGGUGGAUUUACGUGAGAAGAGCAGGUGUGAAGGGCACUCGAAAGAGGUGACAUCUGAAAAAGCAUACACAGUAGCCUCUGGUGGAUUCGCAAAAACCUACCUCCUAGGACAUAUUUGGGACCCUCCAGAAAUGUAUGCAGGGUUACUUAUACAUAAUUAGCAGGGGUUGAAAUUAAAAGGUGAAAGUGAGACUGUAUAGCACAUAAGCAACAAAGAGUACAUAGAGGAACAUGGUUACAUUUUAAUGUGUGACAGACAAUGCUUGAUAACUGUGGUGGUUUGGGGGAAUUAAUGAUUAUAAAGACUGUACUGUGUAACUGUUCAGUCUAAACUGUAAUACAAUAAAACAACAA